AUGUGCAGUUCCCUGAGCCCAAAGGCCCGAGGUCCUGGCCUCUCCGAUAUGCAUCAGUACAGCCAGUGGCUGGCCAGCAGACACGAGGCGAAUUUGUUGCCAAUGAAGGAAGAUUUGGCGCUAUGGCUGACAAACCUGCUGGGAAAAGAAAUAACAGCUGAAUCCUUCAUGGAGAAAUUGGAUAAUGGUGCUUUGCUCUGUCAGCUAGCAGAGACUUUACAGGAGAAAUUUAAAGAAAAUUGCAUUGAAGUCAAAUUUGGAAAGAAAAUGCCAGUGAGGAAAAUUCCCUGCAAAGCCAAUGCUCCCUCUGGAUCUUUUUUUGCACGGGACAAUACAGCAAAUUUCCUAUCCUGGUGCAGAGAUGUGGGAGUGGAUGAUACUUGUCUCUUUGAAUCUGAAGGCUUGGUCCUCCACAAGCAGCCCAGAGAAGUGUGCCUUUGUUUGCUUGAGCUUGGAAGGAUUGCAGCCAGGUUUGGCGUAGAGCCUUCUGGAUUGAUAAAGCUGGAGAAAGAGAUUGAACAAGAAGAGACGUUUUCAACUCCUCUUCCUUCUCCUUCCCCUUCCCCAACAAAGUCACCUGGCAAAAAGAGCACCGGAAAAAUCCUGGAUGAUGCAGUCAAACAUAUUUCUGAAGACCCACCUUGUAAAUGCCCUAGUAAAUUUUGUGUGGAGCGCCUUUCACAGGGAAGAUACAGAGUUGGAGAGAAAAUCCUUUUCAUCAGGAUGCUGCACAACAAACAUGUAAUGGUUCGUGUAGGAGGAGGAUGGGAGACAUUUGCAGGAUACUUGCUGAAGCAUGACCCCUGCCGAAUGCUGCAAAUAUCCCGGGUGGAUGGCAAAACCUCCCCCAUCCAGAACAAGUCUCCAACUAUCAAGGACCUGAGUCCAGACAGUUACCUGGUGGUUUCUGCUCAUUACAAAACCAAAAAAGAGAUUAAGUGAAAUU